AUGUGACACUGAGUAUUAUAUGUUGUGAUCAGUGAAUGAAGUUGCAUAUUGGGUGUCCCUUGUGUCACAAGAUAAGCAUAAAAUUUUUUAUAUAAUAAUUACUUUAAAUUUACACUAAUAGGCUCAGUGACUCAUAAUUCAUGAUAAUGUGUACCACACCAGAUGCAAUUAAAAUUCUGCAUAGAUAGCCAGCUAUUUGUCACCAAAAAGUUUAAGAAUUUAUUAUCUUUAAUGUUGCAUGGCACAUGAUCAUUUGAAACUUCUCAAUAAUAUCAAAAUAUUUUUAAUCAUUAAGUGAAUGUCAGAAUGUUUACUGAGGAAAAGCAUCCUUUUGAAUCAGAGAAAAAUUGCAGAGAUUACAGAGUUGCUUGGAAAGCACGAAGUGUGAAACACAUUGCUAACAGUUUACAGAACAAGUGUAAACAGAUAAAUAACGUUAAGAAAUGUGUUCUUAGAAGAAUUUGGAAAUAUUUAUCUGAAUUUUCAAGAAGUGUUCCAGAUGAUGUGUUGCUGGGAACAGCAACUGACGUAGCAUAUUUUAAAUUCCUAACAGACGAAGAAAAAAGGUUAGUAGCUGCUGUGAAACAAAAGCAACUUGAAGACUCAGCAAACCUGCUUUUUGAUGCUUUUGCAACAAUGUAAAAUACCAAAACUUUAGUUUCCUAGG